GGCGGGUCAGGAAGUGGGGGCGCGGCGGCCAGGAGCGGGCCGGGGCGGCCGAGGGGUUUGGCGACGCAGAGGGAGGGAGAGUCUAGGCCGCUCCGUAGGAGGAGGGGCGCCCCCGCCUCCGUGGAAACGAUGGCGGAGGAAGAAGGACCAACUGUAGAACUGCGCCAAAGAAAAAAGCCAAAGUCUUCAGAAUAUAAGGAAUCUACCAAAGAGGAGAAAAUCAAGGACGCUUCAGUUCCUGAAAGAGCUCCCAAACAUGUAUUAUUUCAACGCUUUGCAAAGAUUUUCAUUGGCUGUCUUGCAGCGAUUACUAGUGGUAUGAUGUAUGCUCUCUAUUUAUCAGCAUACCAUGAACGGAAAUUCUGGUUUUCCAACAGGCAGGAGCUGGAACGGGAGAUCACAUUUCAGGGUGACAGCGCCAUUUAUUACUCCUAUUAUAAAGAUAUGUUAAAGGCACCUUCAUUUGAAAGAGGUGUUUACGAACUGACACACAAUAACAAGACUGUAUCUCUGAAGACUAUAAAUGCAGUGCAGCACAUGUCUGUCUAUCCAGAACUCAUCGCCAGCGUUUUAUAUCAAGCAACUGGAAGCAAUGAGAUUAUUGAGCCAGUGUAUUUUUAUAUUGGCAUUGUUUUUGGAUUGCAAGGAAUAUAUGUUAGUGCUUUAUUUGUUACAAGUUGGCUUAUGAGUGGAACGUGGCUAGCAGGAAUGCUUACUGUUGCGUGGUUCAUUAUUAACAGGGUAGAUACAACAAGAAUUGAAUACUCCAUUCCUUUAAGAGAAAACUGGGCGUUACCAUAUUUUGCGUGCCAAGUUGCUGCACUUACAGGCUACCUAAAAAGCAACUUAAAUACUUAUGGAGAGAGAUUUUGCUACUUGAUGAUGUGUUCCUCAACAUACACAUUUAUGAUGAUGUGGGAGUACAGUCACUAUCUCCUGUUUCUUCAAGCAAUUUCUCUCUUCCUGCUAGAUAUCUUUUCACUGGAGCACAAUGACAAGGUUUAUGAAGUUUGUAAAAUCUAUAUAUUUUCUCUCUUUCUGGGACAUUUACUGCAGUUUGAGAAUUCAGCUUUGUUGGUGUCUCCUUUAUUAAGCUUAGUAGCAGCCUUAAUGCUUGCUAAGUGCCUUCAGCUGAAUAUGAAGAAAGGAACUUUUGUAGCUAAAAAAAUGAAAAUAAUUAAGUUUUACUUGGUGUGUACUCUGACGGUGACAUUGAAUAUUAUAAUGAAGAUGUUUGUCCCACACAAAGAAAAUGGGCACAUGCUGAAAUUCCUUGAAGUGAAAUUUGGACUAACUAUGACUAAGAAUUUUACAAUGAAUUGGCUCCUCUGUCAAGAAUUCCUGCAAGCACCAUCUCAGGAUUUUUUUUUGAGAUUGACUCAGUCUUCUUUAUUACCUUUCUAUGUUUUAGUGUUAGCUAUUUGUUUUAUUUCUAUGAUGCAAGUUAUUUUUAGGAGAAUUAAUGGUAAGUCCCUGAAAGAAACUGCUACUCUUGAAGAUGGACGAAUUGGAGAAAGGCCAGAAAUAAUUUAUCACGUAAUUCACACUAUUUUAUUGGGUUCUCUUGCGAUGGUUAUAGAAGGCUUGAAAUACAUCUGGAUUCCUUAUGUGUGCAUGUUAGCAGCAUUUGGUGUAUGUUCUCCUGAACUUUGGAUGACACUUUUCAAAUGGCUUCGAUUAAGAACUGUACACCCAGUCUUGUUGGCACUUAUUCUGAGCAUGGCUGUGCCCACUAUAAUAGGUCUCAGUUUAUGGAAAGAGUUUUUUCCAAGAUUAAUGGCAGAAUUAACGGAACUACAGGAAUUCUAUGACCCAGAUACAGUGGAACUUAUGACCUGGAUAAAGAGGCAAGCUCCAGUUACAGCUGUGUUUGCAGGGAGCCCACAGUUAAUGGGUGUAAUUAAAUUAUGCACCGGAUGGAUGGUGACAAGCUUGCCUCUUUACAAUGACGAUGAUCUUCUCAAGAGAAAUGAAAAUGUCUACCAGAUCUACUCGAAGCGAUCUGCUGAGGAUAUUUAUAAAAUACUGACAUCCUACAAAGCUAAUUACCUAAUUGUGGAGGAUGCUAUCUGCAAUGAGGUGGGAACCAUGAGAGGCUGUAGGGUUAAAGAUUUAUUAGACGUUGCAAAUGGCCAUGUGGUUUGUGAAGAAGGUGACAAAUUAACCUACUCAAAAUACGGACGAUUUUGUCAUGAGGUCAAAAUUAACUAUUCUCCAUAUGUAAAUUAUUUCACUAGAGUAUACUGGAACAGGUCCUACUUUGUAUAUAAAAUCAACACUGUGAUAUCUUUCCAGUCUUGAAAAAUAACAGAGCCUUCAUUUCAAAAACUUACACUACCUGAAGUGUACUGUGCUUUUCUUCUACUUACGUGAUGUCUUUUGGAGAUCCGCAUUUGUACAUUUGAAGUGUUGCUGCCUCUUUUCCCCUCCUGCUGUUAACUGGAUCCAUAGUUCUAUGGGAAAUAGAAGAUCAAGCGUUAGUGUCUUUGAUGUAAUGUCAAAUCUAUCAUCUGCAGUAUUUCAGUGUCUUUAAAGGUUUUACCUAUUGAAACAUUUUCCCCAUAAAUCUUCAUUCUGUCACAAUACGGACAUUGAAUUUGAAUAUUUUCAGAGUCAGACUACAUUUCUCAAACAUAACAUUUAAUAAAUACUUAAUGUAAUAUGAUUUUAUAAUGGAAGGAAAGAAGUAUUCUUACCUUCAAACAAGUCGUUGAAGCUGUUUAAUGGUUUAUAACAGAACUGAAAUUUUACAUUAAAGAACUAAUUUAAAUGUUAGCUGAAAAUAUGUGGCAUUUAAAUUAAAAUAGAGGUUAUAUAAAGAAAAGUGAUAAGGAUAUACAUAAAGAUAUAUCCAGAAUUUUCCAUGAUACUGUAUAAAUGAGCACUUUCUUAGUAAUACAUAAUGCAUGAUAUUAGGUUUUAUUAUUUUAUGACUGUUUAUUAAGUGAUUAGCUUUUUUCACUUAUGCUUAUUAAUUUGAUACCAGUUUAAUCAUGACAAGUCAAUAACUGUUAUCUUUCUAUACAUAUAUUUUAAUGAAUAUUUAAAACAAUGUUCGAAUUCGACGUAAAAAAUGUGGAUAUGAAGUAUAUAAUCUAUUCACAUGUUUUCUAUUGAAGUGUUAAGUAAAAAAAUUAAGUCUCUAUCAGAAUAAGAGUGUGUAAUUGAAAUGAAGAACAAUUUCUGGGGAUGUGCAGAUGCUGUUAAAUAUACCUCCGCAUACAGAUGUAUUUAUUAUAAAACACAAGUGAUGUUAUUUAUCAAACUGUGAUUCAGUCAUCAAUAUUUAGAAUAAAAUGACAAUUAUAAUAAAAUUUACAACACAAUUUCACAGUCUAAAUGCUAUUGUUCCUUUAAGUUUUUUCAUAUUUUUAGUCAUUUAUUAAAAUAAGUUCUAAUAUAACUUAUUUUAGAUUCAGGAUAGAUGUAGACUAUGUAUGUAUCAUUUUAAUAAGUUGGGAUGCAUGUUUAGUUUUAGUUCAUAUACCUGUUCAGUAGGCAGAUUUUUAAAACUUUCACUUGUUAGAAUGCUGCAAAAGAUUGCAUUUCUAGAGUGUAAAUUACUACAUUAGAAGGGAGCAUCUUUUCAUCAUCUUAUUUUCUGUAAUAUAUAUGAUUUAAAAAUUCAUGCAUUCUGAGACUAACUCUAGGAUGCUUUACUCUUUUAGAAUUUAAGAAUUGUUUGAUGGCUGUGUCUUAUAUCUGAGGCAUUAGUUUCAUUGGUUCUCAUUUCAUUCUUUCAUGAAAUUUUUAAACUAUAUUAAGAUAACUGCAGACAGUGUACUUCAGGUUGACUCUGUACAUCUCCAAUAGUAGUGAGUCAUUGGUAUUUAGCUUUAAACCUUAUGAAGCUACUACCAUAGUUACCUAAGUACACAGUGAAUAGUCACAUGGUACUACCUGUGAUUAGAGCAUGUAAAACAAUGCAAUUUAAAAGUCUGCUUGCAUAAUUUGAAGGGGAAAUAGAAUACCCUACUUUUUAUGUAUUGUGAAAUAUUUAAGUGAAUUUUUAUUGACUUAUAUUAAGAUUACAUGUGCUGAAUUAGUUUUGGUUACUUCUGUCAACUUAUCUCAUAAAUACAACAGAUUUGGAGAAUUUUUUUUUUUUUUUUUUUGAGACAGAGUCUCACUUUGUUGCCCUCAGUAGAGUGCUCUGGCAUCACAGCUCACAGCAACCUCAAACUCUUGGACUUAAGUGAUUCUCUUGCCUCAGCCUCCCAAGGAGCUGGGACUCGCCACAGUGUCCAGCUAUUUUUUUUUUUUUUGCAGAGACAGAGUCUCACUUUAUGGCCCUUGGUAGAGUGCCGUGGCCUCACACAGCUCACAGCAACUUCCAACUCCCGGGCUUAAGCGACUCUUGCCUCAGCCUCCCGAGUAGCUGGGACUACAGGCGCCCACCACAACGCCCGGCUAUUUUUUGGUUGCAGUUUGGCCGGGGCCGGGUUUGAACCCGCCACCCUCGGUAUAUGGGGCCGGCACCUUACCGACUGAGCCACAGGCGCCGCCCUAUGUCCAGCUGUUUUUUUGUUGCAGUUGUCAUUGUUGUUUUAGCUGGCCCACGCCAGGUUCAAAUCUACCAGCCUGGGUGUAUGUGGCUAGUGCUCUAUGCACUAAGCCACAGGCGCUACCAGAUUUGGAGAAAUUUUUAAUUGAAAGUUUUAAAUAAUGAAUUUUUUAUUUAGCAUCAGUUGAUAAAUGUAAGGUUGAUUACAGAAAUUAUAAUAUUGGAUAUGAGAGAUAAGCUUAUUUGCCUCUAUUUUUAUCUGUAGUUAUAACAAGAGCACUACAAAACUGAGUGGGAAACAUUUAAUUUGUUUCUUCACUUAAUUGUAGAAUAACAAAAUAAUUAAUAAUUCUGCAAGUAAUUCCACUGAGUAACGUAACAGUUGUUAGGUGUGACAAUAAAGAUCUACUAUGAAAGGAGCAAAGUUUAUGGGUUUUAGGUGGAAGGAAUUUCUCAAAGAAAUAUAAAAUUAUACUAUGCCCUUGAUAUUGCAAACCCAUUGAAAUAAGUGCCUUAACUUUAUUUCUAAGUUUACUUUUUAUUUUUAAAUAAUGUUAUCCAUUACUUUCUUUUCCAUAAGAGAAUUUUGGUAAUUUUUGUUCAUCAGAAGCACAAAAAAGACUCUUCACUAUGCUAUUUUCACUAUUAAUUCAAUAGUAAGCAAAUCUUUGAGUAGAGAUGGGAUUUCUAGCCUUUUAAAUUAGUUUAUUUAGCUUCCCAAAUGCCAUGCAAUCCAACAAGUAAAAAUUACUUGAAUAAGGUAUAUGAUAUGUGUAUUGACUCUGCAGUGGUUUAUUUUUUCUAACUUUGGCAUCUAUAUCAUGGUACUUUUUGUUAGACUGGUAGAGUUUUAGCACUUGAAGGAAUAUGUAUUCAUUGUAUUUCAGCACUACCUUUUUUCUUCAUUACUUUCUGUGUAUAUAAACAGCAUUUUUUCCCCAGAACAUUAAUGCAAAUCUGCAGUAGCCUCAGUGUUGUAGCACUCUUUCUUACAGUCCAGACUGAUGGAAGUAAAAGCAGAAAUGGAAGUCAAUGUGUGUUACAAUUUGGGGCUGAAAAACAUGCUUUUUAAGAAAUAGUUAAUGCCUGUGGCUCAUGGGGCUAAGGCACCAGCCACAUACACCUGGGCUGGCGUGUUCAAAUCCAGCCCUGGCCUGCCAAACAACAAUGACAACUACAACCAAAAAAUAGCCGGGCGUUGUGGCGGGCACCUGUAGUCCCAGCUACUUGGGAGGCAGAGGCAGGAGAAUCGCUUGAGCCCAGGGGUUGGAGGUUGCUGUGAUGCCACGGCACUCUACCCAGGGUGACAGCUUGAGGCUCUGUCUCAAAAAAAAAAAAAAAAGAAAUAGAUAA